AUGCAUAAAUUAAAAAUAGCUGAUCGUGAUCUUUAUAACAUUUAUUUAAAUUACAAUCAAUCAAACAGCAUAUAUAUAACGAAUGCAACUUUUUUUACAAAUACUCUGGUCUUUAACGGCGAUUGGGCUCGGGGCAACACUAUACUUAUAUUAUUAUACCCUAUUUUGUCGCUGGCAGUGGACAGGAUCAGUGGAAAAACAUUAGAUGCCGAAACAAGAAUACUUUUUUUAGCUGACCCACAAAUUGAGGGAGAUGCCAAAAUUUCCAAACAAGGAAUUCGAGGUGAAAUUGAUCUCUUUGCCAAUGAUUUAUAUUUCCGACACAUAUAUACCUCCUUCGUAUCGCCUUACUCUUUAUUUAGGCCGCCUCCCACACAUGUAAUAAUACUUGGUGAUUUAUUCUCUAGCCAGUGGAUUGGCGAUCAAGAGUUCGAGAGACGCGUGCAACGAUAUAAAUGGAUUUUUGGAGAUCCUAAUAAUGAAUACACGCAUAAAUUAAUUAAUUUAACAGGAAAUCAUGAUAUCGGGUAUAAUCGCGACAUGACGCGUUAUCGGGUCAAUCGUUGGGAACGUGAAUUUGGAAGUACAAAUUUUGUUGAAAAGAUACCUCUUAAAAAAGAGAUUAAUAAUAAUAAUACUAAGGAAGAAGAUGAGGAUGGUGUAGAUAAUGAGUCUGGAACUCAUCAUUUAAUCGUAGUCAAUGCACAAAAUAUUGAUGGACCAGCACGGGAUGAGGAUUUGCGUUCUGAAACGUGGAAUUUCCUUGAUUCAGUUGUCGCCGAACGUGAAAAGGAUUACCACGCGCCAUUUAUACUGCUUUCCCAUAUUCCAUUACAUAAACAGUCGGGUUUAUGUGUGGACUGGCCGAUGAUAACCUAUGAUUCAUUCAACUUUAUAAAUGAACAAAAUCAUUUAACCCCGAACGCGAGCAAAUUCAUUCUCACACGACUAAAACCUCGUUUCAUAUUUGCAGGACACGAUCACGAAGGUUGUGAUGUGACCCAUGUAGUAAGAGUCAUAAACAAAGAAACCAACGAUUACUGGAUCGAGUCGUAUAGAACUGAAAAUUUCGAAAUUAACAAGAACAAAAUAUUGUCAGGGGAUGAUGGGCGCGAGUUUAUAGUUCGAGAGGUUACCGUCAGAUCUGCGAUGGGUGGAUAUGGAGGUAAUGCGGGACUAUUUGAGAUCAGGCGCAGACAUGAGAAGAUAGAUGCAAUAAUUGAUGAUAAAGAUGACGAGAAAGAAUUUGAAUAUCAUUAUUCAUCAUGUCCGUUUGUGAUGAAUCAUAUACCUUGGAUUGUUUUGGUGAUUGAUAUUAUCAUGAUUAUUGGGUGGAUUCUUUGUGGACUUUUCGUCAUUGUCUCAUUACUAUUUAAGAAUAAAGCAUAUAAACAUUGGAAGAUUCAAAGAUUAUCAACUACAUCACAGAUUCCAAUAGAGAAUGGCAAGAAAUUGUUAUAG